GUGCGAUCCCGGCUUAAGAGACCCCGGAGUGGGGCGCUCGCCCGCAGCCAGGCCGCGUCCGCCAUAGUACCCGGCUUGGAGGUGUCGCCGACGCCUGGUGAGGGCCCCGAGAGCGGCCGGGGGGGCAAAAUCAGAACCAAAACACAGAGAAGGGGAAGCCUGCGAAGCGCCCCCCCCCGCCCCACGUCCCUCGCCUCCGCCCGCCGAUUUUCUUUGGCUUGUUGGCCGCGGUGCCGUGGGGCCGGAAGGCGACGAGAGCGAAAAGGCGAGAGCAAAACGUGGAGGAUCCGGCGAGAGGAAGCGUCCGGAGAGCCUCGGCGGUGUCCCCGGGGUCCGCCCAAGCCCACCCGGCCGCUGGCUGGGGCCCGGGGUGGUGAGGAAGCGCUUCGAGGCCUACUUGGGGCCUAGUACCGGCUUUGUGUCUGAGGCGGCGGGGGAGGCGGAGCCGAGCCGGGGGCGGCCCACGGGAAGGCCUCUUCUCCUCCGCCGACCGCGCGUUAUCGGGCCUAGGCCGCGGGGCCAGCCGCUCGAGGCCUCCGGGUGCUCAGCAGGCGCAGAAAAAAAAGGGGGCUUGGCGUGUCGUGUGGCGGGGAGCCUGGGCCUGGGGAAGCCGACGCCGGUCGUCCGGAAGCCGGGAGGAGGCGAGAGAGCCGCUCGUGGACUCCGGGCCUAGGGCCCCCUUCUUCCCCCCCUCUCAGCCUUCUCCCGGGGGCCUGGGUCACCCACCCUCCACCCUCCCCCACCCCCCAAAAAAAAAUAUAUCCACGGAAGGAGAGACCAACCGGGAGGUGCGGCCGCGCUAUGGACCCCUGACCCCUCGGGGUCAUCCGGACUCUUAAAACGUUGUGGACUGACCGCUAUUGACUGCACCGCCUGACCCCCCAAAAAAACCUCCCCCGUCUCCUGCCGGCCCGUAGCAUGAGCGAGGGGGACCCAGCCGGGUGACGCUGUGCCCGUUGGCGGAUUCUCGAUUUCUCCUUUCGCACCCCCCCGCCCCCCGCCACGUCCUCCUCCCCACAUGAAGCGAUUUCUGAGUCUCGGGGUGUGUGCGGGGCGGGGGGUGUUCUGAAUUAUUGUUCUUACGAACCCCUGCUUGUGGUUUUGGUGGGGGAGGGGAGAAUUAUUUAAUCUGCUGAGGCCUUAGGGUCCUCCGGUGUCUCUUUUGAGUGUUUUUUUUGUGUGUGUACCUCUUUUGCUCUUCAUUUGAUAAAUAUACAUAUAUUGAGAGUGUCCCACGUCUCCUCGCUGAACCUUAGGAACCCUUUGGCACCAUGUCGUGCGUGCAUUAUAAAUUUUCCUCUAAACUCAACUAUGAUACCGUCACCUUUGAUGGGCUGCACAUCUCCCUGUGCGACUUAAAGAAGCAGAUCAUGGGGAGAGAGAAGCUGAAAGCUGCCGACUGCGACCUGCAGAUCACCAACGCGCAGACGAAAGAAGAAUAUACUGAUGAUAACGCUCUCAUUCCUAAGAAUUCAUCUGUAAUUGUAAGAAGGAUUCCUAUUGGAGGAGUUAAAUCUACAAGCAAGACAUAUGUCAUAAGUCGAACUGAGCCAGUCAUGGGGACUACGAAAGCAAUUGAUGACUCCUCUGCUUCUAUUACACUGGCCCAGCUUACAAAGACUGCCAAUCUGGCUGAAGCCAAUGCAUCUGAAGAAGAUAAAAUUAAAGCCAUGAUGUCGCAAUCUGGCCAUGAAUACGACCCAAUUAAUUACAUGAAGAAGCCUUUAGGCCCACCGCCUCCUUCUUAUACUUGUUUCCGUUGUGGUAAACCCGGCCAUUACAUUAAGAAUUGUCCAACAAAUGGGGACAAGAACUUUGAAUCUGGUCCUAGGAUUAAAAAGAGCACUGGAAUUCCCAGAAGUUUUAUGAUGGAAGUAAAAGAUCCUAACAUGAAAGGUGCAAUGCUUACCAACACUGGAAAAUACGCAAUACCAACUAUAGAUGCAGAGGCGUAUGCCAUCGGGAAGAAGGAAAAGCCACCGUUUUUACCAGAGGAGCCGUCUUCUUCAUCAGAGGAAGAUGACCCCAUCCCAGAUGAAUUGUUGUGUCUCAUCUGCAAAGACAUUAUGACUGAUGCCGUUGUCAUUCCCUGCUGUGGAAACAGUUACUGUGAUGAAUGUAUAAGAACAGCACUUUUGGAAUCAGAAGAACACACAUGUCCAACAUGUCAUCAAAAUGAUGUCUCUCCUGAUGCGUUAAUUGCCAAUAAAUUUUUACGACAGGCUGUUAAUAACUUCAAAAAUGAAACCGGUUAUACAAAGAGGCUACGGAAACAGUUACCUCCAGCACCUCCGCCAAUACCACCUCCAAGACCACUGCUCCAGCGCAGCCUGCAGCCUCUGAUGAGAUCUCCCCUAUCGAGACAGCAAGACCCUCUCAUGCUCCCAGUCACAUCUUCAUCAGCUCAUCCAGCCGCCUCUAUGUCAUUGUCUUCCAACCAGUCCUCCUUGGCCCCUCCGGGGCCUGGAAAUCCAUCCUCCGGCCCAGCUCCUGUACCUGAUAUAACUGCAACCGUGUCUAUAUCUGUCCAUUCAGAAAAAGCAGAUGGACCUUUUCGGGAUUCUGAUAAUAAGAUGUUGCCAGCUGCAGCCCUGGCAUCAGAGCACUCAAAGGGAACAUCCUCAAUUGCAAUUUCUGCUCUUAUGGAAGAGAAGGGGUACCAGGUACCUGUACUUGGAGCUCCAUCUUUGCUUGGACAGUCAUUACUACAUGGGCAGUUGAUCCCCACAACUGGCCCAGUGAGAAUAAAUGCUGCGCGUCCAGGUGCUGGUCGGCCAGGAUGGGAACAUUCCAACAAGCUUGGAUAUCUGGUUUCUCCACCACAGCAAAUUAGAAGGGGAGAGAGAAGCUGCUACAGAAGUAUAAACCGUGGGCGACACCACAGCGAAAGAUCCCAGAGGACCCAAGGCCCAUCACUUCCAGCAACUCCAGUCUUUGUACCUGUUCCUCCACCUCCUCUGUAUCCACCUCCACCCCAUACGCUUCCUCUCCCUCCAGGUGUUCCUCCUCCACAGUUCUCUCCUCAGUUUCCUCCUGGCCAGCCACCCCCUGCUGGGUAUAGUGUCCCUCCGCCAGGGUUUCCUCCGGCUCCCGCCAAUUUAUCAACACCUUGGGUAUCAUCAGGAGUGCAGACAGCUCAUUCCAAUGCCAUCCCAACAACACAAGCACCCCCGUUGUCCAGGGAAGAAUUCUAUAGAGAACAACGACGACUGAAAGAAGAGGAAAAGAAAAAGUCCAAGCUAGAUGAGUUUACAAAUGAUUUUGCUAAGGAAUUGAUGGAAUACAAAAAGAUUCAAAAGGAGCGUAGGCGCUCAUUUUCCAGGUCUAAAUCACCCUAUAGUGGUUCAUCGUACUCAAGAAGCUCAUACACGUACUCUAAGUCAAGAUCGGGUUCAACACGUUCACGCUCUUAUUCUCGAUCAUUCAGCCGCUCACAUUCUCGUUCUUAUUCACGAUCACCUCCAUAUCCCAGAAGAGGGAGAGGGAAGAGUCGGAAUUACCGUUCACGGUCCAGAUCUCAUGGAUAUCAUCGAUCUAGGUCAAGGUCACCCCCGUAUAGACGCUACCAUUCACGAUCGAGAUCUCCUCAGGCAUUUAGGGCACAGUCUCCCAGUAAGCGUACUGUACCUCCAGGGGAGACAGAACGUGAAUAUUUUAAUAGAUUCAGAGAAAUACCUCCACCGUAUGACAUGAAAGCGUAUUACGGGAGGAGUGUUGAUUUUAGAGAUCAGUAUGAAAAAGACCGAUACCGAGAAUGGGAGAGAAAAUACAGAGAGUGGUAUGAAAAAUACUAUAAAGGUUAUGCUGCUGGAGCCCAACCCAGGCCCUCAGCAAAUAGAGAGAACUUUUCUCCAGAGAGGUUUUUACCACUUAAUAUCAGGAAUUCUCCUUUCACUAGAGGCCGCAGAGAAGAUUAUGUUAGUGGACAAACUCACAGAGGUCGGAAUAUCGGUGGCAACUAUCCAGAAAAACUUUCAACAAGAGACAGCCACAAUCAGAAGGAUAGUACAAAGUCAAAAGAAAAAGAGAGUGACAACGUUGCAGGAGAUGGUAAAGGAAAUAAGCAUAAAAAACACAGAAAAAGAAGAAAAGGGGAAGAAAGUGAAGGCUUUCUGAACCCAGAGUUAUUAGAGACUUCUAGGAAAUCAAGAGAACCUGCAAGUGUUGAAGAAAAUAAAACAGACUCAUUGUUUGUUCUCCCAAGUAGAGACGAUGCCACGCCAGUUAGAGAUGAACCAAUGGACGCAGACUCUAUCACUUUUAAAUCGGUAUCUGAGAAAGAGAAGCGAGAAAAAGAUAAACCGAAAUCAAAAGGGGACAAGACCAAACGGAAAAAUGAUGGAUCUGCUGUACCUAAAAAGGAAAAUGUUACUAAGCCUUCUAAAGGAGCUCAGGAAAAACUAGAUGGAGAACGGGAAAGAUCUCCUCGAUCUGAGCCGCCACCUAAAAAAGCCAAAGAGGAGACUCCAAAGACAGAGGUCGCUAAAUCCUCCUCAUCGUCUCAGAAGGACGACAAGGCCAGUGGCACCCCCAGAAAAGCGCACUCAAAACCUGCGAAAGAACACCAAGAAACAAAGUCAGUCAAAGAGGAGAAGGCGAAGAAGGAUUAUUCCAAAGACGUCAAAUCAGAAAAGCUGACUAAUAAGGAAGAAAAGGCCAAAAAGCCUAGUGAGAAAAAUAAACUGCUUGAUAGCAAGGGAGAAAAAAGAAAAAGAAAAACUGAAGAAAAAGGGAUAGAUAAAGAUUUCGAGUCGUCCUCAGUGAAAAUCUCUAAACUAGAAGCUUCAACAGAGAUGCUGAAACCAUCACCAAAACGCAAAAUGGAGUCUGAUAGUGAAAAACUGGAUAGGACUCCUGAAAAAGACAAAGCUUCAUCAACAGCCCCUGCCAAAAAAAUCAAGCUCAACAGAGAGACUGGGAAAAAAAUUGGAAGUACAGAAAAUCCGUCUAGUACUAAAGAGUCCUCUGAAAAACUGGAGUCAACAUCGAGCAAAAUUAAACAGGAAAAGGUGAAAGGAAAGGCCAAACGAAAAGCAACUGGAAAUGAGGGAUCCACGUCGACUCUUGUGGACUAUACCAGCACCAGCUCAACCGGAGGCAGCCCUGUGCGUAAGUCUGAAGAAAAGACGGACACCAAACGAACUGUCAUUAAAACUAUGGAAGAAUACAACAAUGACAACACGGCCCCUGCAGAGGAUGUCAUCAUCAUGAUCCAGGUGCCUCAGUCCAAGUGGGAUAAAGAUGACUUUGAGUCUGAAGAAGAAGAUGCUAGAUCUGCACAGCCCGUAUCAACUGUAGCAAAACCUGCCAGCGUCAUCAAAAAUGUUAGUAAUAAACCAUCAAACACGGUCAAAUAUACUGAGAAGGACACUGAGCCAUCAGAAAAAGUCCAGAAACUGACCAAGGAAGUUAGCCAUGACAUUCUAAGUCAUGAGGUCAAAAGUUCGAAAACUUCUGCAUCUGCAUCUAGUGAAAGAGGGAAAAUCAAAGAUCGAGAUCAUUCUGUAUCAGAGAAGGAGAACCCUGAAAAGAGGAGGAACAGCAUUCAGCCAGAAAAGGAGAGUAAUCCGGACCGGUUGAGUGAACAAGGAAGUUUUAAAAGUCUGUCCCAAUCUUCCAAAGAGACUCGACCUUCAGAUAAGCACGACUCCAUUCGUGGUUCGUCAAAUAAAGACCUCACUCCCAGCAGGGACAAAAAAGCCGACUCUGACGGUAGAGAGUAUUCAGGCUCCAGACGGAGAGACGAGAGGAACGAGCUGACAAGGAGAAAAGACUCUCCUCCCCGGAACAGAGACUCAUCUGGUCAGAGAAGUAAGCCAAGGGAGGAAAAAGAUUUGUCUAAAAAAGGAACGGGAGAGUCUAAAAAAAGUAGUUCUAGUCCCUCGAGAGACAAAAAACCUCACGAUCACAAAGCCACUUACGAUACUAAGCGAUCAAGUGAGGAGACAAAAUCUGUGGACAAAAAUCCUUGUAAGGAUCGUGAGAAGCAUCUGUUAGAAGCAAGAAACAAAGAGUCAAGUGGCAAUAAAUUGCUUUAUUUUUUUAAUCCACAAGACACGCAGAUUGAAAAAGAGCAAAUUACUGGGCAGAUUGACAAGAAUGCUGUCAAGCCCAAAACCCCAUUAAGUCAUUCCUCUAGACUUUCCUCUGACUUAACAAGAGAAACUGAUGAGGCUGCUUUUGAACCAGACUAUAAUGAAAGUGACAGUGAAAGUAAUGUGUCUGUGAAAGAGGAGGAAACUUCUGGAAACAUUUCCAAGGACCUGAAAGACAAAAUGAUGGAGAAAGCAAAAGAGAGCCUGGACACAGUAGCCGUCAGCCAGGCUGGGGUCUGCCAGAGCCAGAGCCAGAGCAGCCCCAGCGUGAGUCCAAGCCGGAGUCAGAGCCCUUCUGGGAGUCAGACGAGAAGCCACAGCAGCAGUGCCAGCUCCGCAGAAAGUCAGGACAGCAAGAAGAAGAAGAAAAAGAAAGAGAAGAAGAAGCACAAGAAACACAAAAAACAUAAGAAGCAUAAGAAACACGCAGGCGCUGAGGCAGAACUGGAGAAAAGCCAAAAACACAAACACAAGAAAAAGAAGUCCAAGAAAAACAAAGAGAAGGAGAAGGAGAAAGAGAAGGAUGACCAAAAAGCGAAAUCUGUCACUGCGUAAAAGGACAGAUUUUAAAAAUCGACUUAAUUACUAAGUCAUCUGUAUUAAAUUUUGUUAUAAUGUAAAGAGAUUGAAACCUUGUAAAUAAUGACAUGGAAGACCCUGUGCUGCACUUAAAAUAUUGCUGCUUGAUUAUUUGAUUUUUACAUCAGAGCUUUAUAACACGAACUUUUGUACAGAAAUGUGUGUUGUGACCAUGUAACAUGAGAGGUUUUGCUAGGGCCUAUUAUUUUUAACCACCAUUAAUUAGUUGAGGUGGAGUUUACUGUGAAAUUUUCACAUUUGAAUUUUUUUAAUUGCCUGGCAAAAGCUGAUACCAGUUCUAAAAUAUCAGCAGAAUGAUUUGCUGAAUUCAUUACAACCCCGUUAUGUCACUUUUUGAUUACAAUAAAAGUUUUCAGUAAACUUUUCAAAUGUUAAGUGUUUGUUACUUUUGAGUGGUUGUGUCAUUUUCUCUUUCCCCUCCCAUUUCCGUAUUUAAAGAAAUCCUUUGAGGCUGUAAUAAAAACGUUGGACUCGGACUAUACAAACCUCUAAACUAAUGUUGAAGAUAAAUCUCAUAGGUGAAAGAUGGCCAGAUACAUAUGUCAAGAUUAAUUGGAGAUGUUGCUGAAUAAAUCCGGGAGGGUCUUAAUACAGUAUUUGCAAGUUUAGGCUUUUAAUAAAGCUGGUUUGGAUCUUGGAA